GCCCUUUGAUCUAAAACUUCGCCUUCUGUUCGCCAUGGGUAAGGCGCAAAAAAAGACCGGGAAGGGUCGUCUUGACAAGUACUACAAGCUUGCAAAAGAGCAGGGUUACCGCGCUCGAUCUGCCUUCAAGCUCAUUCAAUUGAACAAAAAGUACUCGUUCCUGGAGUCCGCACGAUGCUGUAUCGAUUUGUGUGCUGCUCCUGGCGGUUGGCUGCAGGUGGCGAGCAAGUACAUGCCGGUGAACAGUGUGAUAGUCGGCGUGGAUUUGGUUUCAAUCAAGCCAAUCCCCAGAGUCGUCACCUUCGCCUCGGACAUUACUACCACGCAAUGCCGAAAUCUUAUUCGUAACGAGCUCAAGGACUGGAAGGCCGACGUCGUUCUUCACGAUGGUGCCCCCAAUGUCGGUACAGCAUGGGUGCAGGAUGCGUACAGCCAAUCUGAGCUGGUGCUCAGGAGUGUGAAACUUGCCGCGGAGUUCCUCAUCAAGGGCGGCACUUUCGUAACAAAGGUUUUUCGGAGCGCAGACUACAAUAACCUCAUCUGGGUUUUCAACCAACUAUUUGGCAAGGUCGAAGCCACGAAGCCCCCAUCCUCUAGAAACGUAUCUGCAGAGAUCUUCGUCGUGUGCAGAGAUUUUCUCGCGCCAAAACACAUCGACCCCAAGUUCUUCGACCCCAAAGAUGUUUUCAAAGAUCUAUCGGCAUCUCUUUCCGCUACUGGCGGAGCUGGAACAUCCUCCGCAAAGCACCAGGCGAAUGUAUUCCAGCCCGACAAGAAGCGUCGGCAUCGUGACGGCUACGACGAUGGCGACUACAUUCUGUUCAAGAAGACCGGUGCUGCGGAGUUCAUUAGGUGCCAGGAUCCGGUCACUUUCCUUGGCAGUUUCAACAAGAUUACAUUUGAAACGGAGGAGGAGAAAGAGUGGCUCAAGCUGGAUGUCACGUCGCCCGAUGUCACUGCAAACUGCGAGGAUCUCAAGGUUCUCGGCAAGGGUGAUUUCAAGACGCUCAUCAAAUGGCGCAUCGCGCUGCGUCAAGAGCUGGGCCUGGAUAUAAAGACUAAACUUGCGGAGGAGUUGACUGAAACGGUGGAGAUCACCGACGAUGUCGACGAGGAGACGCAAAUCCAAAAUGAGCUUGAGAGGCUAAACGCUGAGGCAGCAGCUCGAGUGAAGCGAGAACGUCGCCGUGCCAACGAGAUCAAGACGCGGACGAUUCAGCGCAUGCAGCUUCAGAUGACCGUGCCUCUCGACAUCGGUAUGGAACAAAGCGAUGCCGCACUAGCAUUUGGUCAGGAAGAUGUAUUCGCAUUGGAAGAGGCGACACAGACUCUGAAGAGUAGGAAUGGUGCAGCAAGGCUCGCAGGUGAAGAUAACGCGGAUAGCGAGGACGAUGCCUCGCAGGCGGACGAGGUCGAAGAGGAAGAGCUGGAUUCUGAAGAAGAGCGAGAGAAGAAAGUCAAGGGUCUUGAAGCAGAGCUAGAUGGGUUAUAUGACGCAUACAGGGCACGAUUACGCGAACGAGAUACGAAGUACAAGGUGAAGGAGGCGAGGAAGAACGACAAGAGCAGAGAGGAAUGGGGCGGCAUCAAGGCCGAGGAUAGCGAUGAGGAGGAUGAGGAUGAGAGCCAGGAAGAAGGCGGCUGGGACAACAUGGAGAAAUUUAAAGAACGAGUGGGAGAGGACUCAAGCUCGGAUGUUAGCGACGAAGAAGACGAGGACCCGCUACCUUCUGGGAGGAAAAGGCGAGCGGACGCAGACGUUGCGCCAAGCAGCAAACGGGCGCGUACUCUAGCCACCCUCAAUCCGCCCUCGAAGAAUACACAGCUCAGCCGCUCAGCACAAGUCUGGUUCAGCCAAGAUUGUUUCGCAGGUGAGGACAUCGAUGUCGAUGAGGAUGAGGAGGAAAGUGAAAAGGAGGCAGAGGAGGGCAUGAAGCUGUCCGAGAGUGAUGCUCCUGAGACCGAGGUUCAUUUGGGCGACGAGGAAGACGACUUCGAAAUCGUACCGCGGGAGACCGACGACGACGCCGAUAUGUGGGACGUGGAUCGCGAAAAUGAGGAGGAGGUGAAGCACGCUAGGAUCCGAAAUCACGGCCUCAUCACUCCCGAAGCUGUGACUAUCGCGCAGCAGCUGGUGAAUAGGGAGAAGACGCGGACACAAUUAAUCAAUGAAGGUUUCAAUCGUUACUCAUUGAACGCAAAGGACGGCCUUCCCUCUUGGUUCCUGGACGAUGAAGAGAAGCACUACAAGCCGAACAUUCCUGUGACUAAAGAAGCUAUCGCUGUUCUUCGGGCCAAGAUGCGUGCUCUCGACGCUCGGCCUAUUAAGAAAAUAGCGGAGGCGAAGGCCCGGAAGAAGUUCAAGGCAGCUCAGAGGCUCGCGAAGGCAAUGAAGAAGGCAGAGGGCGUGAACGAGACAGCUGACAUGACAGAAAAGGAAAAAGCGAAACAGAUCGAAAAAGUUAUGCUCAAGGGAAUGGCCAAGAAAAAUAAAAAGGAGGUCAAGUUGGUCGUAGCUAAGGGCUCGCACAGAGGUAUUAAGGGCAGACCGAAGGGCGUAAAGGGUCGUUAUGUGAUGGUGGAUGCGAGGAUGAAGAAGGAGGUCCGAGCCCGCAAACGGCAAGAGCGCGCGAACAAAAAGCGCAAACGGACCUGA